AUGAUCACGCUAACAUCCUUCCAGCUUAAGCUGUUGGAGCGAUUGAUUUUCUGGCACCUCCAGUCAGAUAAUAAUCUGAAACAUAUCUUUGGCUUAGACCAACAGGGUUUUAGGCCUGGCUUCUCCUCCACUGAGUCGGCCUUACACCAACUCGUGUGGAGAAUAGAAAAGACAAUUAUAGACGGACACUUUGCCAUUGGGAUUCUACUGGAUAUUGUAGGAGCCUUUGAUAACAUCGGUUUCGAGAAAAUACAUAAGGCCCUUACUGGAAGUCAUAUUCACCCUAUGAUAACUAGAUGGGUCAUCUUCAUGAUUAAAAACAGGAAUAUCUGUGUUAGUCUCGCUGACUAUGAAGUAAAGAGAGAUAUUACUAAAGGGUGUCCGCAGGGUGGUAUUCUUUCUCCUUUUUCUCCGUUCCUGUGGAACCUGGUUUUUCGACUCACUCUUAGUACUUCUACGGGAGGAACCUGGCAUGUCACAGGCUUAUGCAGAUGA